GGUUUUCGCGGAAGGCUCGCACUCACACUCACACACUCUCUCUUCUUUCUUGCUCCCAGACCUAAAAUAAAAAUUCACCCUAAAUGCAGUCGAAAUAAAUUCGAAACCCAAAUGCAUUCGGUGUUGUGUUGUAAGUUGUAAGUCCCCUUUCAUUUUCUGUUUUAUCCCCUUUUCUCCACUCCCACUCGCACCACACCAAAACCUUUAAUCCAAUUCAAUUUCCUCGGUAACACUAAUAAUAAUAAUCCUUCCCCACUCACUCUGUGAAUGAACCUGUGGACGGACGAGAACUCUUCGGUCAUGGAGGCUUUCAUGUCCGCCUCCGAUCUCUCCCCCAUAUGGCCGCCGCCGGCGCCGCCACAGUCCACGGCGGCCUUCAACCAGGACACGCUCCAGCACCGCCUCCAGGCGCUCAUCGAGGGCGCCAGAGAGAGCUGGACCUACGCCAUCUUCUGGCAGUCCUCCUACGACUACUCCGGCUCCUCCCUCCUCGGCUGGGGCGACGGUUACUACAAGGGCGACGACGACAAGGCCAAGGCCAAGGCCAAAGCCAAGGCCACCUCCGCCGCCGAGCAGGACCACCGCAAGAAGGUCCUCCGCGAACUCAACUCCCUCAUCUCCGGCUCCUCCUCCGCCGCAGGAGACGACGUCGACGAAGAGGUCACCGACACCGAGUGGUUCUUCCUCGUCUCCAUGACUCAGUCCUUCGUGAACGGCGCUGGCUUGCCCGGGCAAGCCUUCUUCAACUCCGCCCCCGUUUGGGUCUCCGGCGGCGACCGCCUCUCGGCCUCGCCGUGCGAGAGGGCGCGUCAGGGACAGGUGUUCGGGCUCCAAACCCUAGUUUGCAUACCGUCGCAAAACGGCGUCGUUGAGCUGGGCUCCACUGAGUUAAUUUACCAGAACCCGGAUCUGACGAACAAGGUGAAGGUUCUUUUCAAUUUUAGUAAUAACAACUUGGAUGUUGCUUCUUCUUGGCCUGCUACCACUACCAGCGCCGAUCAAGGAGAGAACGACCCUUCCUCUCUCUGGCUCAACGAUCCCGAGGUUAGGGAUUCUAUCAACACGGUUGCACCCACCCCUUCGGUUUCCCUUCCUGUUAAUACUCAGGGAAUCUCCAAGACCAUUCAAUUGGAAACUUCUAUUCAAACCCCGGGUUCCAGUACUUUAACUGAAACCCCAAGCUCUAUCCACGCGAUUCCGCACAACCAGAGCGUUUUCUCCAGGGAACUCAACUUCUCUGAGUACGCCUUUGACCCCAAGACUGGUAGCAACCACAACCACCAUUCCCUGAAGCCCGAAUCCGGCGAGAUUCUCAGCUUUGGAGAAAGCAAGAGGACCUCUUACGCUGCCGGCGUCAAUGGGAAUUCCAAUUCCAAUUCAAAUUCCCAUUUUUUCUCCGGUCACUCACCGUUUGUUGCUGCUGCGGAUGAGAACAACACCACCACCACCACCAACAACAACAAUGGGAAGAGAAGGUCUCCGAAUUCACGCGGGAGCAACGACGACGGAAUGCUUUCCUUCACCUCCGCUGUGAUUCUCCCGGCCACCAAUUUGAAGUCCUCCGCCACCGGCGGCGGCGAUUCCGACCACUCCGAUCUGGAGGCUUCCGUGGUGAAGGACCCUGUGGUGGAGCCGGAGAAGCGGCCACGGAAGAGAGGGAGGAAGCCGGCGAACGGAAGAGAGGAACCGUUGAACCAUGUGGAAGCUGAGAGACAGAGGAGGGAGAAGCUGAAUCAGAGAUUCUACGCGCUUCGUGCUGUGGUUCCCAAUGUUUCGAAGAUGGACAAAGCGUCGCUUUUGGGUGACGCCAUAUCUUACAUCACGGAGCUGAAGUCGAAGCUCCAAACCCUUGAAUCGGAUAAAGAUGGUUUGCAGAAGCAACUCGAUGGUGUGAAGAAAGAACUCGAGAAAGCCACUGAAAGUGUUUCUCUUAAUCACGCAGUUAAUAGUAAUAACAAGUCGUCCUCGAAUCAGGCUUUAAUUGACUUGGAUAUUGAUGUGAAGAUUAUUGGGUGGGACGCGAUGAUAAGGAUCCAAUGCAGCAAGAAGAACCACCCCGCGGCGAGGUUGAUGGCGGCGCUGAUGGAGUUGGACUUGGACGUGCACCACGCGAGUGUGUCUGUGGUGAACGAUUUGAUGAUUCAACAAGCGACGGUGAAGAUGGGAAGUCGGUUUUACACGCAGGAGCAACUUCGUACGGCGCUGUCGGCUAAGGUUGGGGAUGUACGAUAAUAAUAGCUUUGCACUCUGCAGUGUUGGGAUUAUAUGUGUGUUUGUGUCCUGUUAGCUAGCUUUGUAAGUUGUGGUGGUGCUCUGGGAUAUUUUAAGCCUUCCCGGUAGCUGUUUCUGUAAAAUAAUAAUCUUUCUUUUUGGGUAGCAGCGUAGUAUGAAUUUUGAGGCAAUCAAGUUGGGAAGCUCCAUGGAGUUGUAGAACUAGCUAGGGACAGUUUUCAUCUAAUCUGUGGGUGGAGUGCAGAUAGCUUAUAAGUAAAAAUAGGGGUAUUUUUACAUGUUUAGAUUGUGUAUAUAUAUCAAUAAUCAUAAAUGUGAGCACCAUGGAAGUUCUCAGUAUUAUUCUUGAGCU